AUGAUCACCGUCGAGCUCAUAAUCGUCCAGCUGAAGAUGGCGUCGACGCACAGUCCCCCGCGUACAAGCGGCUCCGCGACGCGGCCGCCAAAUGCGGACUCGUCCACCAGUGCCUUAGACCAAGGAUUUGAGCCGACAGACUUGGUGUGGCCUAAAGACGAGUACGGCGACUUCUUUGAGGAGAUCUUGAACAUUGCCACGGCCAAGCCCGUUUCUUACUUCGUCCCCUUCGGCACCUUCCCAGAGAAGAUCACCACCGCGCCUGUGACAGAGAUCGCCGUAAUCACCGUGAAGGGUGACGUCGAGGAGUACGAGCGGGCAUACCAGGCCGCUGUUGGAGCGAAGCCACCUGCGAUGCAUGACGCGUGCUACAGUAUCACAAAAAUCGGCGGCAAGCAGGUAUCAGUCGUUUUCGUUGGAUGGGACUCCGUAAAGGCACAUCAGAGCUGGCACAAAGAGAACGCGGCGAAACUGCAGGUGAUUGGUUCGUACUUAGAGACGGCGGCGCUUGUGCAUGUACCCCUGAAGGCGCAUAUAUAGAUUGUAGAUGUGGUCGCAGUUCGGGAGAUCGUACCCACCGUGUAUCUAUGUACUAGUAGAAUACAAUAGCCAUCUCGACC